CUUUGUCCUCGUUGGCGUCCGUGUCCCCAGCCUGAGUCUGGCUAUGGCCCCGUGUGGCGCGGCGCCGGUCCUGACCCUGGCGUUGGUCCUGGCCGCGAUGGCUUGGGAACAGGGGCCUCCGGGCGUGUUCUCGCCCUGGCAGGGCUGCGCCGCGCUGGGCCGCUGCUGCCCGGGCCGUGACCCGAUGUGCGUCGCCCGCGGGCCCCCGCGCUGCUUCUGUGAUGAGGCGUGCGGUGCGGCGCGGGACUGCUGCGCAGACUACGCGCGGGUCUGCUCAGCUGUCUCCUGUGUUGUGGCUGGGUGGAGUGACUGGAGUCGCUGUGUCAAGCCCUGCCAGGUCUCCUACCGCAUUCGGCAGAGGCAUGUCCUACAGGAACCGAGGAAUGGGGGUGUCCCCUGCCCCCCUCUAGAAGAGCGGGCUGGCUGUGUAGAGUACUGGAGCCGCCAGGGAGUGGAGUGCCAGCAGUCUUUGCUCCCUGCUCUGAUAACCACAGCCAGCUUUGGGAAAGAGCGGGAAAAGCGAGGUAUUACCAAGAAGCAGGCCACAGAAGGGUACUGUAUCCAGUUCCGGUUGGGGUUCAUUCCAGGGAGCUGUGGGCAGGUGAAGGCUCCCCAUGCCCAGUGGACAAAGUAUCUGAUCCAGGGCCACACGGUCUGCGUGAAGUGUGAAUGGCCUGCCCAGGAUGCCAGGAGCCAGCGCUGCUACGGGGAUGGCGGUGGGGCCAGAGGGUGAGCCGUGGGACUUGGGCACGGGAACAAGCUGUUGCUGUGGCAAGCAGCUGGCCACCCCCGGUGCCGAGGAACCUGGGAGAGGCUAGGGCAGCUCCGGGAUUGUUCCUGCCCCACCGUCCACAGCCUCGUCUUCAUCUAGCAUCUGUGCCCCAACUGUCCAGAGCCCUCUUUCCAAAGCCCUGGGAGAUGCCAGGGAAACCCGCAGGACAAGCGAGUGGGGAGAAGUCUGCAAUUUUGAGACUGAUGGAAAAAGCCUUGUCGUUAUGUUGACACUGAAAAUAGCAUUAUAUUUCUGCUAAGUGCUAGCUGAGUCACAGCCCUAUUGACACUGCCUUCCACUCCAGGACUUCCCAAAUUUCAUCUCAAUACACUCUUCUGGCCUUUGCUCUAUUCUACAUACCAAACAUUUGAUUUUUAAAAUUGACUCUCUGCCCCCCCACCUUUUUUUUACUUAAAUAAAUUUAUUUUAAAAGGAAACUUAAAUAUGUGUGACUGAACAGAAAACAUUUUAUCACAAUUACAAAUGAAAAUAAGAAUAGCAAACACUUAAUAAGCACCUGUAGAGGGCCACGCACUGUCUCGGUGUUUUACACAUAGUAGGUGUGAUUAUUAUCUCCAUAUUGCAAGUGAGAAAAUUGAGGCUCAGAGAGGUUAGGCCACUUGGUCAAGGUUGCACAGCUAGUGCAUGGCAGAGUGGGGAUUUGAACCAUGAGCUCCAACUUCUGCUUUGGUUCCCCACACUAAUAUGUCAGCUCCACAAGGGCAGGGAUUUGGGUCUGUGUGUCCCUGGGCCUAAAACAGUGCCUGACUUACAAUAAUAUUCAAUAAAUUUUGUUGAAUAAAGAAGAAUAUAUAAAUGAUUAAUCAGUUGCCAUAAUAAGAAGAAAAUCAGAAAAAUAAAUGCAAUGGAAACUAAGCAAGUCUGGCUAGGUGUUGCCUGCCCAAGGUACUGAGCAGGAAGCCCAAUUUCCUUAUUCAAACAAGUUAGCAAGCGAAGAUGGUAAGGACACACGAGUGGCCAAUGGAGACUUGCUCCUUGACAAAAUUAUUAGAGACUUGAAAGGAGCCUAAUUUUCUCCCCUUAGGAGUCAGUUGUUAUUAAUAUUUUUUAACAGCUAAUUCACAUACCACACUAUUAACCCAUUGAAAAUGUACAAUUCAAUCCUUUUUAGUGUGCAAAAAAUUGCACGCCCUUCACCAUGGUCUAAUUUUAGAGCAUUUUGUUACCUCCCAAAGAACCGUGUGCUCACUAGCAGUCACUUCUCAUUCCUUUGACCCUUCCAGCCCUUAGCAACCAUUAAUCUUUUUCUGUUUUUAUGGGUUUGCCUCUUCUGGACCUUUCACGGAAAUGGAGUCGCACAUGUGAUCUUUUGUGAUGAGCUGUUUUCCUUCGGUAGAGUGUUUUCAAGCUUUCUCCAUCUUGCAGCAGGAAUCAGUCUUGGAGUCUAUAAUUUAAUGCCACGUCCUGGGGUCGGGUAAAACUGUCUCAGAUGUGCAUCCCUCACAUCGGGAAUCACUGCUGGAAUGAAUAAGGAACGCCAGU